UAAUCAGGAAUUUUAUCUACAAAUGUAAAGAUAUUUUCUGACGUAGGCACUCACCAGAUUCAACUUCAUAGCCUCAUGAACUCCCUGCUAAGCAUGUACGCCUCUCAGCACAGUAAUCCAUGUAAAACAAUGAAGAACGCUUUUAAAAUUACCACAGCGACAGGGCAACAUGUAGGCGAAGUUACCGUCUUCAUCCGCGUCUCGUGCUUUGGCAGGAAGAUCGUCACGCAAUUUCAGCUUCCUCAUAAUAGGCAACCCUAUCUUUUCAAGGGUGUUGACGAGGGCCCUGUAUAUCAAUGCAAGAGGGUCGCUUCCGCUACGGAUAAAUGGCCGAUAAAAUGCGUGUGCUCUUCUAAGAAUGGUAACGGCAGCGGAGAAGCUGCAAGAAUGCGCCGCUACUCCGUUAGCGCCGACGAACACCAGCGAAAAAAACAAUUAAAGGAUAUCAAGAAAGAUAAAUGUUCACCAUGUUGUCGUGGUGAACGUGAUAUCAUCAAGAGCAAGGAAACUGUUAGAAAAUGUGGCUGCAUCAUUAAAGAAGAGCGGACUUGCAACUGUGCCCGGUCAAAUAUCAAAUAUUCAACACGAGUGGAGGAAAGACGGUUCUAAAAAUCAAUGAAUAAAAAAUUCAGAAAUCAAGAUAUUCGAUAGCGAAGGCUGUCAACCAAUCGAUAAUCAUUUCCCAUUGUUUCGAUCUUCAUGCAUUCAUGCGCGCUCCUGCGUAUUUAAAUCUCAGUUUAUUCCUGUCCAGCAUCGCGGGGGGCGUCGUGAUGAAACCAGAGGGAUGCGAUUGCAGGAGGAAGGGAGGCCCGGUCGACGACCCGCCGCUCUCAUCCCCGCCAACCCCUUACCUCGCUGCGGGGUGCUAGGCCGAUAUUGUCGCGUCUGCGCGAUGAACAACGUACGAGACAGUCGGGCUAAACGGGUUCGCGGUAGAGACGUGCCGUCGCGGCGUCGUGUGGCGUCGGGACGCGUGUCAACUCCUCGCCGAUUUCGGUAGAGGCGCCUGACCGUGGUGUUGAUGGCACCCCAGCAA